GGUUGAGAGAGAAAAGCGAGAGGAAAAUUCACCAAUCGUUAUAUGUAAGUCGAACGGAAAAGAUGUGAAAAUUUUCGGUCAAUUGAAAUGUGGAGGACAAUUGUAGUGUGAAUUUGACCAAUUUCGGGAAUAUUCCGCGAUCAAGAAACGCAAAUCAAAAUGUGCACCAAAAGCCUGUCAUGUCCGUUGUGUUGUCAGACGAACUUUCCUAACAUCGAUGCUUUACGUAUUAGUCUGCUGAAAGCAACCUCGAGGCCAUUAAAAUGUCCGAUCUGUGCAGACCAGUUGCUAGGGCUGGACAAAUUGACGAUUCAUCUUUUCGGUCACUCGAUUCUCGGGCAGGAAGAAAAUCGUACCGCAGCAGUGGAAAGAAAAAAAUCUACAAUUACGAACUCAUUGAAAAGUGUUAGAAAACCCAAGAGGGAACCUACCGCAGCAGCAGCAGGUGUCAGCAAGAAUCCUUACCCUCAAGAGGUGCAACUGAGUAACAUUGCUAAGUGCGACAUUUGCGGAGAUGAAUUUCAAGAUCAGAGUUUUCUGAAAUUGCACACUUCGGUGUUUCACGAGUUCCCCAGUACGCCAAGCGGAAGUCCAACGAUUUUACAGGAACCCAGUGUGAAGGUAGAUGAACCAAACGAUUUUUUUCCGUGCAACAUGUGUCCCAAGGUUUUCCGGAUGAAAGGAUCACUUAAAAUCCAUAUGCGAGUUGUACACCUAGGAUGCCCGAAGAAGAGUUCAACGGAUAGUAGCUGUAGUAGUGAUAGCGCUACUAUGACGGUCACAAGCACUACUACAGCGCCUGUUUACCAGUGUUAUGACUCAAUGCAAUGCAAUACUGAAAGUAAUGUUCAAACAAUCUCACCGCAUCCCCCACCUCUAGUGCCUCAGCACCAACCGACUCUCACGAUCGCAACUCCCAACGGACAAUCGCAGAUAAUCAAAAUUAUAGAUCCCCUACAUCUAACCGAAUUCAUAUACGUUGCGAACCAACAGCAACAAGUUAUGGAACGUGCUAUUACAAAUGCCAGUCCACCGAGCGUACCAUCGCCAGGUGGCAGUUCGGAUGUUCCUUCUCCUUCACAACCUUCACCCCAGUCGCUAGGGACGGGAUCGGAUGGCAACAAGCAAUGGGAAUGCGAUGUCUGCCUGAAAAGCUUCACGACCAAGUACUUCCUCAAAAAGCACAAGCGGCUACAUACAGGAGAAAUGCCGUAUUCUUGUCAAAUUUGUGGCAAAUCGUUUACCUUCCAACAAUCGUAUCACAAACAUCUGCUGUACCAUAGCGACGAGAAACCGCACAUUUGUACGAUCUGUGGUCGGGCAUUCAAAGAACUAUCUACACUACAUAAUCACGAGCGGAUUCACAGCGGAGAAAAACCGUUCUCUUGCGAAACUUGCGGCAAGUGCUUUCGACAGCGCGUUUCCUAUCUGGUCCAUAGACGAAUCCACACUAACACACAACCAUACAAGUGCACGGCAUGUGACAAGAGUUUCCGCUACAAGGUCUCCCAGCGAACGCACAAAUGUCCGGCACAACCGCCCGGCACUGUGGUUCGACAAACGGGUGAUCUGCUGCAGAAACUUUUACAAUCCUCGGCGAUUCUUCCAAACUUGCACGAUCCAGCGAACGCGAUGAGCGACUCGGAUCAACCACCAUCGAUCGAAAGUAACGAUCAUUCGCAGGAGAUCAAGUCUGAAGAUUUCAUCAACCGUACCUUGGAUGAACUGCUGAAGGAAUCGUACGACAAGAUGGGAAUCGGGAAUCAAUCAACCAGCUAUGAGCAGAAUCAGGCGCUUUUCGAUUCAAUGGAUCAGCAGCAACACGAACAACAGGUACAGAUGCAGUCGAGUAGCCCCAGCGAGAGUAAUAUUGUACCGCGUAUUGAAAGCCUGUGCUUACUCUCUCCUAAUCCACAGGACGUAGUCGAUUACGAUGGGGAGACCUUGGAGGCAAUCGAUUCCAUUAAGCUGGAUUUGUUGUAUAAUUAAGCAAGGGCAUGUUGAAAAGUUCAGGACAAUUUUGGUCAGUUUAAAAAAGGGCCCAGCGGACCUCGUUGGAGUGGUCUAGAUUUCUUUUGUUUUUGUUUAAAGCGGAAUAGCUAAGGCAACGGUUCGAUAACUAUACAAAUCCUUUAUUCAUAACAAGAACAGCAUUUUAUAACAAUGGUACGUGCUAUUGUUUCAACGAAGCGACAUUUUUAUCAACAUUUUAUAUCGGUUAACCCAGUUUGCUCUACUGAAGGAUGUAGUCUUAACAUUGGC